AUGCUUGCCUAUGCCUGGGCAGUGCUGCAGUCUGGGAAGGACUUGGUAGGCGUCGCAAAGACCGGCUCCGGCAAGACCUUGGCCUUCCUUCUCCCUGGUUUCGUAAAGCUCAGGAAGCUCAAGAAAGCUCAGGAAGUUGACACCAAGAAGGGGCCGGCACUUCUGUGCAUGACGCCGACGCGAGAACUGUGUCACCAGAUUUAUUCGGAUGCCGAGAAGUUCGGUGGCCCAGUGCAGAUAACAGCUGCGUGCUGUUACGGCGGCGCCAACCGAAAAGACCAAGAAUGGGCAAUACAGACGGGCCCGGACUGCCUCAUCGCCACACCCGGUCGACUGAAUGAUUUCGUCCAGAAGAAGCAGGUCCGUUUGGACCAAGUCCGGUUUGCAAUCAUUGACGAGGCAGAUCGCAUGCUCGACAUGGGCUUCGAGCCACAAAUCAAACAGGUCUUGGACGAGGUCCCCUGGCACGACCGCCAAACCUGCAUGUUUACGGCCACCUGGCCACAGGAGUGCAAGAAACUCGCGGAGACCUACAUCAAGGACCCUGUGCAGAUCCAAAUUGGAUCUGGUGAGAUCACCACCAACAAAAAUAUCGUGCAGCACGUGAAGAUGGUGGAUCGCGACUCUGACAAGCUGGAAGCGCUCAAGGAGAUCCUGCGCGGCUUGCCCGAGGGAGCCGGCUGCCUGGUGUUCUGCAACUCCAAGAAGAAGUGCGGAACCUUGAGCUGGGAUCUCGAGGGCGACACGGAGUUAGGCAUGCCGGCUACCGAGCUGCAUGGCGACCUGGACCAGAACCAGCGCGACAAAGCUCUUUGGAAGUUCAAGUCCGGAGAGGCGCGAGUCUGCGUCGCCACCGACCUUGCCUCGCGUGGGCUGGACGUACGGAACAUCGCCGUUGUUGUCAACUACGACGCACCGAAAUCGGCAGAGGACUACGUUCACAGGAUAGGCCGCACAGGCCGGGCAGAGGAUUCCGGCGAGGCCUACACCCUCUUGCUGAAGUGGGGCAACGAGGCUGAAGCCAAAUAUAUCGCCCAGAUCAUGCGCAAGGCCAGUCAGGAUGUCCCAGAGGACGUGCAGGAGUUGGAAAAGAACGCCGAAGAUGAUUGGAAGAAGGGGCUUCUGUUUGUGGUGGUAACAGACUGUAUCAUGUUGCAGGGCGAUUGUGCUGUUGGGAAUGUGUAA